ACAAAAAUCCAAAUUAACUAAUUUUUAAUGACUGAAAAUGAGUGCAUGUCAAAGUUUAGCCUAAAUAAAAUAGUUAUAAGUUUAGGGGCAAUUACGUAAUAAACAAAGAAAAACCCUUGGUAAUUCUUGGCCUCUUCUUCCCAUUUCACUUCGUUCUUAAUAUUAGUCUGAUAAACCUCACCAACAGUCUCAGCCGGACCAUCAAAAACCGCGGCCAUGGAUUCUCUAUCUCUAUCCAAUGGAGCAUUAAUGAAGAGAGCGAAGAGAAAACGGAAUCAGAAACACGACGCUGAACUCGAGCAAUUCGACUCCCUCCCAUGGAGCUCAUCGUUAUCUGGCGAUGACCCUUUCUCUUUUGUCGUUGGCUCCAAUGAACUCGAAGGAGGUUUUCUUUCGCUUGAAGAGAUUAAUGAAGCCGAAUAUGGUUUGGAGAUCCCUAAACCUGAGGGAAAUAUUAAAAAAGAAAAAAAGGUUAAGCCAAGUAAACAAUCUAUCAAACGAAAGCUCAGCCAGAAUGGUGGCAGUGAUGGUAAUGAGGUUGAGACUGUAGAUGAAGUGAGCAUGGAAAAGGGAGAGAAUGUGUUGGCUGAAAAGAAAAAGAAAAAGAAGAAGUUGAAGAUGAAGAAAAAGAAGACAAAGGAAGCACAGAAAGUUGAGGAUGUUGAUUCUAAUGCUGGUGAUGUGGCUGAGAGUGAAGUUAAUGAGACUGAAAAGGAUGAAAAUGUGGAACCUGAACAGGGAAGUGAGAAGACUAAGAAGAAGAAGACGAAGAAGAAGAAGAUGAAGAAAAAGAAUGUGAAAGAAACUCAGGAAAAUGAUGAAUCCAUGCCUGUAAGCAAUGUCGAUGAUGAUGCUGAAGCAGAGGUUGUUGAUGAAGCUGAUUAUUAUUCAUGGAAUGAGUUGAGACUCCACCCUUUGAUUAUGAAAUCUAUAUACAGACUUGGAUUCAAGGAACCGACACCAAUACAGAAAGCUUGUAUUCCUGCCGCUGCCCACCAAGGGAAGGAUGUUAUUGGUGCUGCAGAGACCGGGUCCGGAAAGACACUGGCUUUUGGUUUGCCCAUUUUUCAGCGCCUCUUAGAAGAACAAGAGAAGGCUGCAAAUGUACUCGAAGAAAGGAAUGAUGAAGGAGAAACUAUUACCCGCAAAGGGUUUUUACGGGCUCUCAUUAUUACUCCUACAAGAGAACUUGCACUUCAGGUAACCGAUCAUCUAAAGGCAAUUGGCAAGGAUACCAACAUGAGAGUUGUUCCAAUUGUUGGAGGAAUGUCAUCCGAGAAACAGGCAAGGCUUCUAAAAUGGAGGCCUGAGAUUGUUGUUGGAACUCCUGGUAGAUUAUGGGAACUCAUGUGGGGUGACAAGCAUCUUGUGGAGUUACAUUCAUUGUCUUUUUUCGUGCUGGAUGAGGCUGAUCGAAUGAUAGAAAAUGGACAUUUCCACGAGUUGUAGUCAAUAAUUGACAUGCUUCCUAUGACCAGUGGAUCUGCUGAAGUAAAUCCUCAAAAUACACAAAGUUGUGUUACAGUUUCAAGCUUCCAGAGAAAGAAACGACAAACCUUUGUCUUUUCUGCUACCAUAGCUCUAUCUGCCGAUUUCCGUAAGAAGCUAAAGCGUGGCUCCGCAAAAUCAAAGGAAUCAAUGUCCGAGGGAUUCAGUUCAAUAGAAAACCUUUCAGAACGAGCAGGGAUGAGAGACAAUGUUGCUGUUAUUGAUUUGACAAAUGCAUCCAUAAUGGCAAAUAAGCUCGAGGAAUCAUUUAUCGAAUGCAAGGAAGAAGAUAAGGAUGCUUUUUUGUAUUAUAUAUUGAGUGUUCACGGACAAGGUCGCACAAUAGUCUUCUGUACAUCAGUGGCUGCUCUGCGUCAUCUAUCUUCUAUCUUGCGCAUACUUGGUAUUGAUGUUUGGACACUUCAUGCCCAGAUGCAGCAGCGAGCUCGAUUAAAGGCAAUCGAUCGUUUUAGGGCAAAUGAGCAUGGUAUACUUCUUGCAACUGAUGUGGCAGCUAGAGGCAUUGAUAUUACUGGUGUGAGAACUGUUGUUCACUAUCAGCUACCACAUUCAGCGGAAGUUUAUGUUCAUAGAAGUGGGAGAACUGCUAGAGCUUCCGCUGAUGGGUGCAGCAUUGCCCUGAUUUCACCGAAAGAAACUUCAAAGUUUGCUUCCUUGUGGAAAUCCUUUUCUAAGGAAAGUUUCCAGCGUUUUCCUUUGGAGAAUUCAUACAUGCCUCAGGUCAUGAAACGUUUAUCUCUAGCACGACAAAUAGACAAGAUUUUACGGAAAGGCUCUAAGGAGAAGGUACAGAAAAGCUGGGUUGAGCGAAAUGCAGAAGCAAUUGAUUUAGUAGUGGACAGUGACGAGAGUGAGGAGGAAAGAGUGAACAAUUCUAAGCAAAAAAAAGUUACAUCCGCAAAUUUAAACAAGUUGCAGCAGGAGCUAAAUGAUCUCCUCUCACGACCGCUACAACCAAAGACUUUUUCACAUCGCUACUUGGCAGGGGCCGGUGUUUCGCCUCUUCUACAACAUCAAUUUCAAGAAUUAGCGAAGCAGAAACUAAGUGUUGUCAAAACCACAGGAGGACAAAACAAAAGGAGGAAAAUGGUUGUUAUAGGUCAGAAUUGUGUGGAACCACUCCAGGCUCUUCGGAAUGCUGGUCAAGAGGUACACAUGGAUGUUAAAGGAAUGGCACAAAAACGUAAAACUACAGAGGAACUGCGGAAAAAAAGGAAAGAUGAGAAGAAACGUUUGAGAGAUCAAAGGAGAAAACAGAAGAAGAAGAUGAAAGGGUUGUAAUAAGGUGAAGUGUUUUGAAACAUAAAAUAGAGUGAGAGAGAUUCAUCAAAAUGGUAUUUCCAAGCAAAUAUAUAAUCACAUCAAAUCACUGGAAAUUUUGCAACCAUUUUGUAUAUUAUUUAAUUAUAAAUUUUGAUGCUUUAAUUUGGUAUUUAUUCAUUUUACUUUAAUUUAGUGGAAACCAUAGAUGUUUGUUGUAUAAUUUAUUUUCUCCUUUUUCAUUGAAGUUCGAUAAAUAAUUUCAAUAUAAAGUUCUGUUUUUUAUUGGAUAAAUACCCGUUUUAGUUUUGAAAAUUCAGUUUCUUUAUUUUUUGCCAAAUUUACUAAAUAAAACAUUCUUUCCCCAUUUUUAUUAUUUAGUGAGCUUUUUGAUGAAAAUCUAUAUUAUAUAACUUGAGAAGCUUGUGGUGUGACAUUUAUAAAGCAUUGUUAUUGUUACCAUCAAUGAUGUUAAAUACUAAAAUGGCCAUUCUCAUUCUAUGGAUCUUUUUCAUUUUUAAGUUUCUCUUCAUGUAUUUUUCUCUCAAUGGAACUGCAAGAAUACUCUUGUAUUAUUUUUCAACAUAAGAUUUCUUCAUUAAUUUUUCCCAAAUGCUGAAAAACAAUAAGACAACCACUACCACCACUAGUCUAUUAUUUUACAAACAUUUUUUUUAGAUUAAAUAAACAUUUUUUUUGUGUGUCUAUCUUUUGUCCUCUCUUGCAGUGAAGUUAACAGCAAAUAUUAUACAUAAUUGAACUUCCAUCCAAACCCAUGGUUUUUUUAAGCAUUUAAUUAUUUAACAUAAUAUAGUGCCACCAACCUUUCAUUUUCAUCCACAUGCAAGAGUUAUAUGUAGACUGUACACCACUAUCACAUCAAUUGUAAAGCCAUUUUAAAGAAUCCAAUAUAUAAUUUUCCUUACAAAACUAUAAAUAAAUAACACUAGUAUAUGAAUGUGAUAGUUUUGUGUCUUAUUGGGAUAUUAAAUAUUUUUAUCUAUACUAGAAAAUCAAUUUUGAUGAAGGCUGGUUUUAUGUAAUGCUCUUUUUUCUUCUGCAAUGGAUCUAAAUUAGUUGAGUCUUAACUUAAAAAAAGGUUUGAUAAGCAUUAAUAAAGCUGAAAUAUACAAAUCUAUGCAACGUGGGAUUCUUAUUGGAUCCGGCUAAAGAAAAAAAAUAAUAAUAGCAAAUUAUUGUUGUCUUGUACUUCUAUAAUCCUGGCACCAUUAUUUGGCAAGAUCAUCUGGUCUUGUCCCCAGAGAUUUGAGUAAAUAAUGGAGGAGGUAACAUCUAAUUUAAUUCCCUUUCUUUUAAGUAAGAAAGGGAAGAAGCAACAAUUUCAAAGCAGCAUAUCAGACUUUGAUGGCAGCCUCUUGAAGAAAUUUACAGGCACAGAAGGCAUUUUGCUCCUAAACCUUGGAUGUCUCAACCAAAAGAGUCCAACAAGCAAAGCAACAACUUGGAAUGGUGUAACAUAAAUGAACACAGCCCAAAUCAAUGAGAAGAUUAUGAAUAUAGCAGUGGCUCUAGGAUCCCUCCAACUCAAUAUAGCCUGAGCUCUUUCCAAUUGUGAUGCCAAAUCUCCCACCACUGUUUGCACUCUUCCAGCUACGCUCCUUAGCCGGUCGUACCUCAUUCGAACUAUGUCUGCUGGCUUAGAAGUCGGGAAUGAAUCGAAUUCUUCAUCGAGUUCAUCGGGGUGUGCAAAUUCAGCUUGCGAAAGCCGAGCAUCCAUGUGAGGAGGAUGCCUUGGCCUAAACCGAUAGUUCCAAAUUCCAAUCACAAAUAGGUAAAGGAAGAUGGUGGGCAAUAUCAAUUCCGGGUAACAAAUCAGCAUCAAGAACAAGACAUGCACUAGACAUGUAGUGAUGGGGUUUUUCCAAUAGCAAAUGUCAUCAAGCCAUCUGCAAACCGCAGAAAGGCCCGAGAGAACAGACAUUAUGCGUUGGAAAUUCGCCUUGCUUCUCCUCAAGCUCCACAUAUGGUAAUCCACAUCUAACAUGUAUUCAACAUUCUCUAACCGAAGCGGGGGCUCAGCCCGAGCCAGCCUCAUGGCCACAAUCUGCUGAGCUUGGUGUCUCAACAUGUCAAUGUGCUUAACCGGUAUAGGAUUCACAUAAUGCAUCUUGGGAAGUAAUGGUUUACCAUAUUGGGUAACCAUAUUAACCCAAGCCAUACAAGUAAACCUCAAUGCCAAUUGAAGCUCCCCAUGUUUUUUCAAACCAUUGGGUUGGAGAACCAAAAGGGGGUAAUAAUGUGUAUAAAUUCGAUCUGUUUCCAAAGUCGAAAGGCGAAUCCUAACCUUCCCAAUCCUCUGAUCUCUAGCACCUUCUUUACUUCCAUUAGUAUGAGCAUUGUCAAAAACACCAAUGGUGAUAACAGUACAAGGAUCAUAAACUUCCCAAGUGUACUGCUCAUUCCACCUAGGAGACAAAGUAUCAAGAAGAGUUCUAGUUCGAACCCAUUUGUUACCAUACUUAGCUACACAAUAAGCAUCAGUAGUCCUCCCUUCUUUGCUCUUCAUAGGAAGUAAAUUCCUAGCACUCAAAAUCCCAAGUUCAAGAAUCCCAAUAUUAGCCUUCCUAAGGUGUUUAGAAGAAGGCUGAAGAUCACUACUAAAAUGAGUAGAUUCAUCAAGAACAUGAUAACCAGCUUCCAAACACAACAUCAUCAAAAUCUUACUAGAAAACUUCUCCUUCUUCUUCUCAGUCUCUUCCUCCGCCGCAACCGAAGGCUUAUGAAGAUUAAACCAUCUAGGAUCAGGAAACUUACUAGUCUCCAUUCUCUGAGUAGCUUCCCUAACAGGAAGAAUCACUCUCCCCAAAAUCUCAUCUUUCCCUGGCCCAACUCUAUCCUCAACAGUCACCAUAAUGAAAUCUUCAAAAGGCUCAGACACAACAAACAUAAGCUCUUCCUUCCAAACAGGACCACCCAUACGAACCUGUGUAGGCCUAGUAACUCUAAGUUGGUUACCUAAUUGAACCUUCACAUGAGUAUUAGACAAUGCUCUUCCUUUAUCAGAAGCUAAAAGGUCUUGAGCUUCAAUCACAUGAAUUCUAAGGUAAUACAAUUUAGGAGAAAAGUAAACUUUAGAACGAGUGUUAGUAAGAUUUACAUGGCUAAUAUUAUGAGCAUCAGAAUGCCAAGCUUCAGGGAAUGAUUCAUCAGCCUGAGUCCCCAUCCAAACAGCAAGCAUAACUUCACCUUUUGUCUUCAUCCCAUGUUUAUCUUCCAAUCUAUACCAUUGAGGAGCCAAAGGACUAUCUGGGGGUACUCUAAGAGGAACCUCCAAAAGAUCAAAAUGAACUCGACCCACAAAAUCAUCUUUUGCAAAGUCCUUAUCUUUAACAGUAACUUCAAGCAAAUUGGACUGUAAUCUUUCUUUGGAAAAAGCAAAAAUCUGUUUCCAAAUUGGGUUUUGAUUCUUCUCCAAAUGCUUUGUUACCCCUUUGUAGUUCCCCAAUUUUACUUCCACAUAUGGGUCUACACUUCCGGUAAUGUCCAUUACCGGAAGAUCUCUGGCUUUCACCACACUUACAUAAAGGUAAUGCAUUUGCUCAACGAGAUCGUAAGUGCUCGAAGUCUUGUCUCCUCUGUACCUUAACCGCGCCGCCACCGGCGGCCUAGUCUCUACUAAAGCGAAUUCCGGGUUCUGUCUUGGUGGCAUUUGCAUUCUCAUCACUGCCGUCGCCGGUCCCGGUGGAGUUGCCUGAGCAAAAUCUCGCCUCAUCUCGAAACCCGGUGGUUUUGAAGACAUUGGUGGUGGUUGCUGGUGAGCAGAAAAAGCAUGGCCAUGGCCAUGGCUACCACCACCACCACCUCCUCCUCCUCCGGCGCCGGUUCCGAUUGAGUGAAAGGUCUUCACCUCUUUCUCUUUCUUAUUCUUUUUCUUGAAUAUCUUCUCAAUUACUGGCUCGCUCUCUCGUUCUCGUUCUCUUUCCCUCUCUUCUUCGAUUUUGUUGGUGUUAAUUUCUUGUAAUGGAGUCUGAUCUUGAGUACUCUCAACCACCGGAGGAGGAGGAGGAGGAGAAUCAGAAUAAGAAGAACCGUUAACGGCGUAGAUUUUGAGAGCAAUAUCUCCCUUAACAGGCGAAAAGAGAUCUUUUUUAUCAAGUGGGCAUCUCUGAAUUUGGGCAUCAGACUCAGACAUCGGAACAGAAACACCGGAGAUUCUGACACGACCGAGAAAGUUUUUACGGGUAUGGUUGUCGUCGGAGUUGCUCCGAUCGUUGUAAACAACAACGUCUAUAGUCUUGUUGGGUAAAUCUCCAUCGAUGUUAAAGAGAAGCUUCUCGUUCCAUUGAGGGUUGAGAUCUUUAUGCUUAGUCUGAGUCCGGUGACGUUGGCCGUUAAAGUUUACUUCGACGAAAGGACUGGCGGAGCCAUGGCCGUCUUUGGGCAUGAGGUCGGUGGCAUCGUGAAUCUCAACUACUAACAUACUCAUGGCGAAGAAGAAGAAGAAGAAGAAGAAGAAGAAGGAAUUUGUAUCAAAGUAGGAAGAAAAUUGAGGGAUUAACAAUGGUGGAUUGAAGAAAGAGCAGAGAGGUCAUGUUUGAGAAGAUGAUGAUGAAGAGAGUAACUUAACACUUUGAAGAGAUAAAAAUGUUUGGUGGUGU